AUAAUGGAGGGGAGGUUGGCUAAUAUGUGGAGGUUGACUGUGAACGAGAGUAAGUUCGUGGAAACUGCGUUGCAAUCUGAGCUCAGAGUCGAUGGUCGUGGCCUUUAUGAUUACCGCAAGCUUACAAUUAAGUUUGGCAAAGAAUACGGUAGCUCGGAAGUUCAGCUUGGUCAGACACAUGUGAUGGGUUUUGUCACUGCUCAGUUGGUACAACCGUACAAAGACAGACCUAACGAAGGCUCACUAUCCAUCUUCACCGAGUUUUCUCCCAUGGCUGAUCCAUCCUUUGAGCCAGGUCGUCCUGGCGAGUCUGCGGUGGAGCUGGGCCGUAUCAUAGACCGUGGUCUAAGAGAGAGCCGUGCGGUGGAUACAGAGUCGCUCUGCGUUCUACCUGGAAAGAUGGUCUGGUCCGUUCGCAUUGAUCUUCACAUUUUGGACAAUGGAGGGAACUUGGUUGAUGCUGCAAAUAUUGCUGCCUUAGCAGCACUCAUGACGUUCAGAAGACCCGACUGCACAGUAGGAGGAGAAAACGGUCAAGAAGUGAUCAUACAUACGCUAGAGGAAAGAGAGCCACUUCCACUGAUUAUACAUCACCUCCCGAUAGCCUUCACGUUUGGGUUUUUUAAUAAAGGAACCAUCGUGGUGAUGGACCCAACUUAUGUUGAAGAAGCGGUUAUGUGUGGGAGAAUGACUGUGACAGUCAAUGCCAAUGGCGAUAUAUGCGCAAUCCAAAAACCUGGAGAAGAAGGCGUGGACCACAGUGUAAUCCUUCAUUGCCUGCGUCUUGCUUCUUCAAGAGCUGCUGCAACUACUAAGAUCAUUAGAGAAGAGGUUGAAGCAUAUAACCGUGAGAAGAGCUUACAGAAGGUGAAGCGACAUCCUACUUUGGCUAAACCUGAAGUUUCUGGACCUAUCGUGGUUGUGAAGGAGGGACACAAGAAGUCCGCAGAUGAGGACAAAGCUGCAGAGGUAUCGCGGGAACAUGUCGAAAGAUUAAACCUGACUUCAGUCGAGCUAAAAGGUAGCAGUAAGGAAGAAGAAGCUGCUGCCUCUCCUGCCAAAUUCAAAGGCAGUCCAUCUAGUUGGGAUCCUUACACGGAAGCUAUGGAUGUUGACUCACUGAAAGCUUCUCUUGCUUCAAAAGGGGAUUCCGUGAGCAAGUCACCGAUCAAGAAAAAGAUGAACGACUCUGGAAAUGCGCAGGAAGAUGGUGAGGUUUCAGUUGAGGAAGUAACCGAAGAUUCAGGGAAGAAGGGUACAAGACAUAAGGAUGGAGAGUUGACACUGAAAGAUGCUGUCAAACCUAAGAAGAAGAGGAAAAACAAAAGCAGUUAA